AGAUGAGGGUCUCCUCGGCGUCGGAGGGCUCGAUUCUCCUUGCUGUCUUGAUUUGGCCUUGCUCUGGCCUUCCUGGGGAGAUGGACGUGAGAAUAUAUUGUUCUCUGGAGUGGUUGGUGGUCUCUGUCAGCCCACACAGGUAUAGCAGAAGCAACCCUUAUAUGUUUGCGGAUGAAUUAGCUCUGGGCCAGAGCUGCCUGGCGACGGAGAUACAAACCUAUGUGUAUCGUUUUGUGUACCUUGUUAGUGCUUGUGGCAUCAGGACACAGGUGAUCUCCGAGAAUGUUCUUCUUAUUCAAACGGAGCUGUACUACACCCCGAGGGAUGGUCACAGCAACCCCGAGAAGGCCUUCUUGACGUGUAUCACCUCUCAGAAAUCAGUGUGGAUUACUCCAGUUUCUACUGAGGAUGAUAUAAAAUUGAAGACCAGUCACUUUAUGUCUGACUUUCAGACUACACCAGAAGAGUUAGGGUUAUUACAUUCCAGUGAAAUAUGUCCCCUCUGAAGACUGGUAGUUGGGAUGAUAAAUUUUGUUGGAGAACAAUUUCUUA